AUUAAAUACGAUCUAAGAAUUUAGUAAACAAGCCUAGCUCGAACUCGACUCGACUCGGCUCGCUAAUAAAUGGCUCGGGCUCGAGCUCAGCUCAUUUGUUAACGAGUCAAGCUCAAGCUGGGGUAAAACUCGGCUCAGCUCGGCUCAUUUGCAGCCCUAGUAGUGAUAAGUGAAUCGAUCCGAUGUGGACUCCGGCGAUGGAAACUGCAUCGUAGCGUCGCCACGUGGAAGAUUCCCUCGUCAGCAGGCAAAGGAGCCAAAUUCCAAUCGCAAACAAACGACGGAAAGGCCCGGAAUAAUGAUACCAAUUUCUCCGUUCAAAAUCGCUACUGGCCGAAUAGUUCAGUCACUAAACAACCCUCCUGGCCGGCGGAUUCCUUGGCCAAUUCAUCAUCCAUGGCUUCCGCCUCCACCUGCGCUACGCCGCCGUUGCGUCGUUGCCCUUUCUUCUUCCCACCGACGUCAACCUCUCCAUGCCGCCGCCUGCUCCUAUUCCCAAUCCCACCUUCCGGCCGCAUCUUCUUCACCAUUUCAGCACUAAUCGACGAAUCUCCAAGCGCCAGCAGGACGGCGGCAUUCUUCUCUCAUCCGGCACGGCGGGAGAGGAGGCCACGUGUACCUGCGAAAGUGUUUUCGCAGCUGGGGUAUCCGAUUAUUUCCCCCGACGACCACUGGGGAACGUGGACGGCGCUCUUCGGGGCCGGAGCUUUCGGUGUCUGGUCCGAGAAGACGAAGCUGGGGAGCAUGGUGAGCGCGGCGUUAGUGAGCACGUUGGUAGGGCUUGCGGGGAGCAAUUUGGGGAUAAUCCCUCAUGAAGCGAAAACGUAUUCAAUCGUGCUGGAGUUUCUGCUUCCAAUUACGAUUCCCCUGUUGCUGUUCAGAGCAGACUUGCGGAGUGUGAUUCAAUCUACUGGGAAACUGCUAUUGGCUUUCCUUCUUGGUUCAGGGUAGUUGAUGGAAGCAAUAGGAUCUUAAUGGUGGAGCAGAUGCCAAGGCUCUGUUUUUAUAUACGGCCACUGUUAUUGGAACUUUAGUGGCUUUUCUGCUGGUGCCUAUGAGAUCACUUGGCCAGGACAACUGGAAGAUAGCUUCUGCUUUGAUGGGGAGUUACAUUGGUGGAGCUGUUAAUUAUGUCGCAGUUUCAGAAGCUCUGGGGACUUCCCCGUCUGUUGUGGCAGCAGGAAUAGCUGCGGACAAUGUGCUUACUGCUAUAUACUUCAUGGUUCUAUUUGCAAUGGCUGCUAAAAUACCGCGUGAGCCAUCAAUGUCAACUAAUGAGGUUGAAGGGACUGCCAAAUCGGAUUCUGAAGCAAAGACGACUGUGCUACAGAUGGCUACAGCUAUUGCCAUCUCUAUCUCCAUAUGCAAGGCUGCAACAUUUCUCACCCAGUCAUUCAAGAUCCAAGGAGGCACUCUCCCAGCUGUGACAGCUCUUGUUGUCAUCCUAGCAACAGCUUUUCCUGCUCAAUUCAGUUUUCUAGCCCCUGCUGGCGACACCCUUGCUGUAAUUCUGAUGCAGGUGUUCUUCGCCGUGGUGGGAGCUGGUGGGAGCAUAAUGAAUGUCAUCAACACAGCACCUAGCAUAUUCCUUUUUGCUCUCAUUCAAGUAACGGUCCAUCUUGCUGUGGUUCUGGGUUUGGGAAAGCUGUUCCGGUUUGACCUGAAGCUAUUACUUCUAGCGUCCAAUGCCAACGUUGGAGGCCCUACGACGGCUUGUGGGAUGGCAACAGCUAAAGGAUGGAGUUCCCUGGUCGUCCCUGCGAUCCUCGCAGGCAUCUUUGGUGUCUCUAUCGCAACGUUUCUUGGCAUUGGGUUCGGCAUGAUGGUCCUCAGACACUUGUGAUCAUCAGAUUUCAGCAGUAUAGAGGAAACCUAAAUCUUUUUCUUGGUUUCCUGCAUUUCCUUAGAGCAAAGCAUAUUCUGUUGCUCAUUGGAUGCUCCUGAAUAGAAUAUGGUUGCUUGCUGGAAAGUCCUCUUCUGGCAAAGUCAACUGCUUGUACUUUGUUUUUAUCAGGUCAACUGUACUUUCAUUAUUUGCCCAACUGUACUGCUUUUCUUAGCAGUCAGUGAUUACUGUACUGGCAGUAACAUACAAUGUUAGGAGGAGACUGAAUAGUGAAUACUGUUUGAUAAUUCCGACGAGGGUUUAUGUCGUAGUGGUAAUGUUACGAACUUAAUAGAUCAUCGAAUGAAGUACAGUAUGCUACCUGAAUACAAAAACCAGUACAGUAUGCUUCAUCGAAGACUUUUUUUUCCCUGUACGAUUUCACGGAUGACGUGGACUUGGGGAUGUAUUAUAAAAACGUGGUACAGAAUGAAGUGCAGAGGAUCACCCAUCCCUCUUUUAGAAGAGAACAAACAAAUGAGGAACCUAAACGCCGUCGUUGGGGCAGUCUUGCUGGUUGCCUUAGUGGGAUGGCUGAUGAUAUGGGUAAUGCUGCCCACAAAGGCUUACAAGAAUUCAUGGGAUCCAAACCUUUCAUCCACCCACUUCAACUCGGUUUAUUUCCAGGGACAAGGGACGAACCUUCUGCUCUUCUCCUUUCCUGUCAUGUUCAUAGCUGCUUUGGGAUGUGUUUAUCUUCAUUUCCACACCAGACUCCAGGAACCCUUCUCAUCCUCCAAAAGAGAAGUCAAACCCAAACUAAUUUCUCCCUUGUGGAGGCCAUAUGUGAUCUCCCCGCUGGGCAUAGUCACAGGAGUGGAGCUGGCUUUCAUGGCGAUGUUCAUAGCACUCCUCAUCUGGUCCCUGGCCAAUUACGUAUACGUUAGUUUUGGCCACCUCCACAUGCACAAACAAGGAGAAAAGAUAAUGCAUGCAUGCAGUUGGCAGGCCAAGUUUCGCAGCGUAUCACUGAGGCUAGGCUACGUUGGGAACAUAUGCUGGGCGUUUCUCUUCUUCCCUGUAACUAGAGGGUCGUCGUUGCUGCCUCUUCUAGGGCUCACUUCGGAGUCCACCAUCAAGUACCAUAUUUGGCUAGGCCACGUUUCUAAUGUCCUCUUUGCUCUCCACACAAUUGGGUUCGUCGUGUAUUGGGGGAUGACUAACCAGAUGUCCGAGAUGUUGGAGUGGAGCAGGACAUAUGUAUCGAAUGUGGCUGGAGAAAUAGCAAUGGUGAUAGCGGUGGUAAUGUGGGUGACCAGUUUUGGUCGUGUUAGGAGAAAGAUGUUCGAAGUCUUCUUCUACACUCACCAUCUCUACGUUUUGUACAUACUGUUCUACCUGCUCCACGUUGGUGCUGAUUACCUGUGCAUGAUCCUUCCUGGGAUGUUCCUUUUCAUGAUCGAUCGUUACUUGAGGUUCUUGCAGUCUCAAAGGAAUGCCAGAUUGAUCUCUGCUCGACUCUUGCCUUGUGGUAGCGUUGAACUCAACUUCUCCAAGUGCCCUGGGUUGAAAUAUAAUCCAACAAGCAUAUUGUUCAUAAAUAUCCCCACCAUUUCCAAGCUGCAAUGGCAUCCUUUCACUGUCACUUCAAAUAGCAACUUGGAGCCCAAUAAUCUCAGUUUGGUCGUAAAAAGUCUUGGAAGUUGGUCACGAAAACUUUCCCAACAAAUAUCCUCCUCCGUAGAUCGUCUCCAAGUCUCAGUUGAAGGCCCCUACGGACCCAUUUCAUCCCAUUUUCUCCGGCACGAGGAACUAGUACUAAUCAGUGGCGGAAGCGGAAUCACUCCCUUCAUUUCCAUAAUCCGCGAAAUCAUCUUCCAGAGCUCAAACCCUAACCCACAAAUCCCAUCACGAAUCCUUCUGAUUUGCGCUUUCAAGAACUCCACGGAUCUCGCCAUGCUCGACCUCCUGCUGCCCUUCGAUGGCACGCCCCAUCCGAUUCCCGAGUUGUUGAACCUUCAGAUCGAAGCCUACAUCACCAGAGAGAAAGACCAGCCCACCGAUUCUGAGAAACAACCGGCCCAAACCAAACGGUUCAACCCGGCCCAAUCGGACGGCCCCAUCUCGGCGAAUCUCGGGCCCAACGCAUGGCUCUGGCUCGGUGCAAUAAUACUGUCAUCUUUCGCCCUGUUCGUCGUCCUCCUCGGGGUUGUGACUCGGUUUUAUAUCUACCCGAUUGACCGGAAUGCCCACGACGGCAGCUACCACUACUCCUACUUCGUCCUCUGGGACGGCUUCCUCGCCUGUGCCGGCGUACUCGCUGUGUCUUCUGCGGUUUUCCUCGUCAAGAAAAGGAGGGAUUUGGCGGAAGGGAAUAGAGUGAAAGGCCUGGAAGUGGGAGUUUCGCCGCCGCCGCCGGGAAGUUUUGUCGGAGAGGUGGAAAGUGUGCCGGUGCAGUGCGUUGCUGGAGCUACCAACGUGCAUUUUGGGCGGAGGCCUGAUCUCAAGAGGAUACUGUUGGAUUGCGGAGCGUCGGACGUUGGGGUGAUGGCUUGUGGGUCGAGAUCGUUGCGGCAUGAAGUAGCCCAGAUCUGUUCGCCUGGCUCGGCCCAAAAUCUGCACUUUGAGUCCAUUAGUUUUAAUUGGUGAUCCACUACUGUCUUCUCAAAUUCCUCACUUUUCUGUGUCAAUUAUGGAUUUGGAGUUGUCAGAAGUUUGAAAAGUGAGUUGAGAGAAAGACUGCCUAGCGCUCUAACGGAUUUGAGAGCUAGGGCCGCACGAUUGAGAGUAAGGUCGUGACAAGUGGUAUCAGAACCCCGUUCGGCUUUGUGCUAGCAAAGUAGAAGCUAUAGCCAGAAGGAAAGGAAGAGCCUCACCAAAAAUGUCGGGAUCAGAUAGCGGCGUUACCGAGCAUG